AGAGCACAAGGUUAGUAAACAGAAGGACAGAACACUCAACACUGUCCAACUCACUUACAGGCAGCACAAGAACCUCACCACUGGACUUGUAUGAAUACCAGCAGUAAGCAGCAGAAGCCAGUGCUCACAGGCCAGAGGUUUAAGACCCGUAAAAGGGAUGAGAAGGAGAAGUUUGAGCCGGCAGUGUUUCGAGACUCGAUCGUUGCAGGUCUCAAUGAGGCCGGCGGAGACCUGGAUGCUGUCGCCAAGUUUCUAGAUACGACAGGGUCGCGACUGGACUACAGGCGCUAUGCUGAAACUCUGUUUGACAUCCUCAUCGCAGGGAGCAUGCUCGCUCCUGGAGGGACACGAAUCGAUGAAGGUGACAAGACCAAGGUGACGGCCUACUGUGUGUUCACCACAGAGGAAAGCCAUGUCGCUCUUCAACAAUAUGCUCAGGUUUUCAAUAAGCUCAUCAGACGAUACAAGUAUUUGGAGAAGGCCUUUGAGGAGGAAAUCAAAAAGCUGCUGCUCUUCCUGAAAGGCUUCAGCGAGUCGGAGCAGACAAAGCUGGCCGUCCUGACCGGUAUUCUGCUGGCCAACAAUGCGCUCCCGCCGCCCAUCAUCACCAGUCUCUUCAGUGAAAAUGUGGUCAAAGAAGGGAUCUCUGCAUCGUUUGCUGUGAAGAUGUUCAAAGCAUGGAUCGCAGAGAAAGAUGCCAAUUCUGUGACCUCGUCACUGAGGAAGGCAAAUCUGAAUAAAAGACUUCUGGAGCUGUUUCCCGCCAAUAAGCAGAAUGUGGAACAUUUCUCCAAGUACUUCAACGACGCCGGGCUCAAGGAGCUAUCAGACUUCCUGCAUGUGCAACAGAGCCUGGGAACACGUAAAGAGCUGCAGAGAGAGCUGCAGGAGCGCCUGUCCCAGCAGUGUCCUAUCAAAGAGAUAGUGCUCUAUGUGAAGGAGGAAAUGAAGAGGAACCAGCUGCAGGAGCAUGCUGUGAUUGGCUUGUUGUGGACGUGCCUCAUGAACGCCGUGGAGUGGAACAAAAAGGAGGAGUUGGUCACAGAACAGGCACUCAAACACCUCAAACACUAUGCUCCUCUGCUGGCCGUGUUCAGCACUCAGGGUCAGUCUGAGCUGGUGUUGCUACUGAAGAUCCAGGACUUCUGCUACGACAACAUCCAGUUCAUGAAGUCCUUCUGUAAGAUCGUGGUGCUCUUUUACAAAGCUGACGUCCUGAGUGAGGAGGCCAUCUUGAAAUGGUACAAAGACGGCCAUGCCGCCAAAGGGAAGAGCGUCUUCUUAGAGCAGAUGAAGAAGUUUGUUGAGUGGCUUCAGAACGCUGAAGAAGAAUCAGACUCAGGGGAGGAGGUGGAUUAAGGAGGAGCGGCAGAGUUCAUUCUGUUAUAAUCUGAAUUCUCUGAGUUAACAUGUAUUUAUUUUUCUGUGUUUUUCGAGCCCCUUAAACUACAGUCAGUUGUCCAUUCAAGCAUUUUCACGCCAGGGAUCAAUACAGUAAUCCUGAGUCUGAUCCACUUCAGCACAUAUUCUAUCUAAACAAACAUCCACCUGCAUGACCUCUGCACUAUAUGCAUGUACAAGCAAACACUUACAAACUCCAGUAUUAACCAUGAAUAAACUGUUUUAUACUGUA